AUGGUAAAAUCUGCUUCAAUCUAUUUAGCAUUUCACAAAGCCACACGAAUUACAGCGGCUGGUGUAAUUGACUGUGCAGUCAAUCUGAAAGUUAGUGCUGUGGUCAGUAAAGACAAGAAGGAUACGUUACUUUUUUACUUGAAAGUUGAAGAUCUUGUUUUGGGGAUUCCGAAAAGUACUAAAUUGUUCUCAGUUAUACCGUCGGAAAGCCGGAAGAGGCCAGGUCUUGCACUGGCCAGGAAUUGCUUGUAUUUUACCGGUGAAUUAAGAGCAGAACGCUCGAUGGAUGCUAGAAAGGAAGUGUAG